CUUGUUCGCUUCGUUCCUGCUCCUCUCGUGCUUCCGAAGCACCGAGGAUUCGUACCCGACCCGACCUAUGGGCAUGGCGUGAUUGUGGUGGGAGACUCAGCUGGGGUUCGACCGCGUUCUUAUGACUACCGUGGUCUCCGAAGGUGACCUGCCUAGCUGCGGGGAGUUGCUGUUGGCCUUAGCUCAGUCAGCUACCGACUGUUCCACUAUUUUGCUGCUCGUUUCUAACAUCUCGCCUUACUGGCUGAUGGGACUGUGGACAAGAUGUGUAUCUAGCCAGACACCAUUCCUGGGCUACACAUACUCCAUGAUCCCCUUGACGCUGCGACCUCGCCCUGCUGAAAGCAACAUGUAUGUUCGGCCUCCCGCCUCGCUAUUUUACGUGACAACACCAAGCGUUUGCAAGCGAGUCUACCUGCGUGUCACCCUUCCCGACCCCGUGGCCUGCCUCUGUUAUAUGUGUCUGACGUCCGUGAGAAAUGUGGAUUAAUACAUUGUGAUAUUUUCUUGUGUCGGGGUGAUAGUUUUUCCUCUCCUUGAUAUCCAAUCCUGGAGAAGUAACAAAUGAAUACCUGAUACCGUGGGAACAGCUGCCUUCGUCCACGUGACAUGGUAGCCUGUAUCCCUCAUAAAUAAAUAGUGUAGUUAUUGCAGCUCAUUCACUUUGAAAAAGGAAAAUGCAAUAGUAUAACCUGGCAUGAGAGUUGUGCAGAUAUUCAUAGGUAUUUUUCAUUGGAUUUGCAUAAUUCUUAGUCUACUGAUUAAGCAAAUUGUGAAAAAUAGCUCCAGGCACUCCAUUCUUCUAGUAUCCUCUUGAUAAAAGCACAAAACAUAUUUUUUUCUUCCCCACUAAGAAUUAAGCCGUGUCUACACUAUCGGGUAGUGCCCGACGGACAGUAGUUGCUGAGUGGGUUUCUCUCGCUUCCGAAGCAGUGUUAUGAGAUGAGGUAAAGGGGCAAACCCUUCACUUUUCGACAGAGCCUGUCAGGCUACCCUACCGGGUAGCGUCUGCCUGAAGUAUCUAUCCCGCACUGCUCGAGAAAUGGUUUGGUUGGGGUGUUAAGGUCGUUCAGUAGGCAUUAAGUGGUUCAUUUGCACUAGUAGAAGGGCGGCCGGACAUGGCGAUAUACAGAGAACACUUUAAAUGUGUGACCGGUAACUACAUUGAUCCGAGGAAGCCUUUAGUGUUUCACACUAUCUGCCAGACGAGACAGUGUCUGGUGUUUCGCACAGACGCAUUCAUGGACAGCAGCUGCUCGUUCAUGUUAGCCCGUCGUUUCCUCGCUUCUGACGUCAUCUCUGUGCCUGCCAUUCACCCUUCCCAGUUUGUGUAUUAGAACGGGAUACAGUAAGGUGUGUCCACACGGUCGAACAGUGUCUAUCGGGCAAACGCUGUUACCAGUUAACAAUGGGAAGCGGAAAAGCUCGCUGAUGACGUUAGAAGCGUGCACCAGGAAGUGUACCGGACACGAUAAACAGCGUAGAGUCACUUGGUUACCGGAUUUUUUAAGUCUGUUAUACGUCUGUCAGGAGAAAAGUUGCUAAUCGAACUAUACCGGCAGAACCCCAUGAUUAUGGAACGUCAAGGCAGAAGUUUACAAAGAAGUGUAGCGGCAAUCAAUAAAAUAACGGCAGAACUUCAGAAGUGUGGAUUAUCUGCUAAUGCUCCUGAAGUGAAGAAGAAAAUAGAAUCCAUUCGUAAUCAAUACAGGAGAGAGCUACGUAAACAGGAGAAAUCAAAGAAGUCGGGGGCUGGUGCUUACAGCAUGUACACCCACACAUUAUGGUGUUUCGAUGACCUCUGCUUCCUCAGCAAUGGCGACAACAUGAGAGAAUGUGUUUCAAGUAUGGAAAGCCAAGCGUCCCAUAUGCCUGAAGAAGUGUCUGAUCAUGAGAUUUUUACCGAUCCCGUUCUGAUCGAGAUACAGGACUCCUACAGAGCUUCUUCAACCUGCAUCGACCUCUGGCUGUCGUAUGGACAAUUCCCGUAUACGUGAACACUCUCCUGUGCCAUCCACUAUCAAAAGACCCACCAAGAGAGCUCGAGUAUCAGACGACACAGAUAAAGUCAUUGAACAAGCUCUAGAACAAUUGAGUGCAUUGUCAUCUACACAUGAAUGCGGCGAUGAUUUUGGUACUGUAGUCGCAAACGGUCUACGACAGAUCUAUGGAGACACUAAAAUAUAUGCAGAAAAACUAAUUAACGAUGUACUAUUUAUGGGUAAACUCGGUAAACUAACAGCGUCGACAAAGCUGAUCGAAUAAUAAUAAAGGGAAACAGAAUAGGGGUGGAGCACGGAAGAGACGACUGUAUUAGAAAGUGUGCCGAUAUUGACAAAAAAAAAAAAAAUGGAGUAGAGAAGUGGUUUAAAAGUAAUUGUCAUUUCGCAAAUGAUGCAGGUGUCUC